GUUAACGGCAUUCUCAUUGCCCAUAAAUCCUAAUUAAUUAUCCAAUAACAGAAAACAGAUCUACGGUGAAUGCCAGCACUAGAUCACCCAUCCUACGGCUAACAAUGGACCAAAUUAUCCUGGCCUACAGGGGAUAUUCAAUCCAACAAUGAACAACACACACCUCCUCUAUCUAGGGUUCAAGUCCAAAAACCUUUGCACUAAACCCUCAGUGCUUCCCUCGAAGACCCAUCUCGUCAAAUCAAUCAUUCCCUCAAUUCAGAAUCUGGGUUUUCAAGAUUCUAUCAUAUAACACUCAGUUUUCCACCAAAGAUGUAAACUUUGUAUUCUGUAAGUUGCCUUUUCUAUUCUUUCUUGAUUUUUAUAGCAAACCAAAUAGUGGGGUUUUAAUGAAUUAUGGUUAUUCUUGGCUUAUAAGUAUUAGAGUUUGAAUCUUGAAAAGUUUCUGAAAGGGAUAAUUAUAUGGGGAAAUCAGGUGCUAGGAAGAAAAAGGGUGGUGUUAAUCAAAGUCAAAAUCAAAACCAGAAUCAAGGAGCUGUAGGGGAGAGUCAUAAACUUGUUGCUGUUAAUGGUACUGUUGAUUUGGACUCAUCCAUUUUCUUAAAAAGAGCUCAUGAGCUGAAAGAAGAGGGAAAUAAAAGAUUUCAGGCUAAGGAUUUUGUAGGUGCUUUACAACAAUAUGAGAAUGCUCUCAAACUUACACCAAAGACACACCCAGAAAGAGCUGUGUUCCACAGCAAUAGAGCGGCGUGUUUGAUGCAAAUGAAGCCCAUUGAUUAUGAUUCUGUUAUUUCUGAGUGUACUAUGGCACUUCAGGUUCAGCCCCAUUUUGUUAGGGCCCUUCUACGAAGGGCUCGUGCAUUUGAGGCUGUUGGAAAGUAUGAAAUGGCAAUGCAAGAUGUGCAGAUGCUACUGGAUGCUGAUGGGAAUCACCGGGAUGCUUUGGAAAUUGCAGGGCGAUUGAGUAUGAUACUUGGUCCUCGCCAGCAAGACCUUUGGAGCCGCCCAUCUCCAGCUGCCCUUGGUGCGUCUGCGGUGGGUGCAGCCUCUAUUGCCGGUCUAGGACCGUGUUUACCUUCUCGAUCAAUGUCUAAGAAGCUAACACCUUCAGCUGGGGCUUCGGUUGUAUCAGCUAAUAAUAAACCAGAUAAGCCCUCUCAUGUUAACCCUGCUGAAAAUGGUACUCAGGGCAAAGUUCAGAUGCCGAGGGUUGUCUUGAAGCCUUCAAAUGGUCCUUCUAAACCUAAUGCAAGUCCUAGUAGGGAUGACAAGAAGGAGCUGGCUUCUUUGUCAGCAUCACUUACAGUCCACGGACAUUCUAAGGAUGCUGUGAUUCGUUGGAGGCCAUUGAAGCUUGUUUAUGAUCAUGAUAUAAGGCUCGCCCAAAUGCCUGUAAAUUGCAGUUUUAGAGUGUUGAGGGAUAUUGUUACUAAACGGUUUCCAAUGUCUAAGUCUGUUCUUGUUAAAUAUAAGGACGGUGAUGGUGAUUUAGUAACUGUUACCUGCACAGGUGAGCUUAGAUUGGCUGAGUCCUGGGUUGAUAGUUUAGUACCAAAAGACCCUGACACAGAUGAAGGUGACUCCAUUGGGAUGCUGAGAUUGCAUAUUGUUGAGGUGAGUCCUGAACAAGAACCAGCUUUGUUGGAAGAGGAAGAGAGGCCUGUCGAGAGUGAGGAGACUAUAGAAGAUGAGAGUGGAUCCCAUUCUUCACUAAGUGAUUCCAUGGUGGAAACUCAGGACAGUAAGAUUAACAAGACAGAGAAGGAUACUACCAAAGAGAAAACCACAACGGAAGAUCCUGAAUGUAAGGAAGUUGAGAUGGAUGAUUGGCUGUUCGAGUUUGCUCAGCUAUUCAGGACCCACAUUGGGAUUGAUCCAGAUGCUCACAUUGACUUGCAUGAGCUUGGAAUGGAGCUCAGCUCUGAAGCCCUUGAGGAGACUGUGACAAGUGAAGCGGCUCAAGCUCUUUUUGACAAGGCUGCCUUAAAGUUUCAGGAAGUGGCUGCUCUCGCUUUUUUCAACUGGGGAAAUGUGCACAUGUGUGCGGCCAGGAAACGAAUGCCGAUCGAUGAUUCUGCUUCAAAGGAGAUGAUGGCUACUAAGCUUCAAGCAGCCUAUGACUGGGUGAAAGAAAAAUAUUCUCUGGCCAAAGAGAAGUAUGAGGAGGCUCUCUUGAUUAAACCAGAUUUUUAUGAGGGGUUGCUGGCAUUAGGGCAGCAGCAAUUUGAAAUGGCAAAACUCCACUGGUCUUUUGUCUUGGCUAAGAAAGAGGACCUGUCAAAUUGGGAUCCUACUGAGACGCUUGCUCUAUUUGAAAGUGCAGAAGAGAAAAUGAAAGCAGCGACUGAAAUGUGGGAAAAGCUGGAGGAGCUGAGGGCUAAUGAACUAAAGGAUCCUAGUGCAAGCAAGAAAGAUGAACUACUAAGGAGAAGGAAGAAACAGGGAAGCGGUCCUGAGGCUGAGGUGUUGGCUGCAGGUGGUCCGGGUGGAAUUUCAGCUGAUGAGGCUGCGCAGCAAGCUGCUGUAAUGAAAUCUCAAAUACAUUUGUUUUGGGGUAAUAUGCUUUUUGAGCGGUCGCAAGUUGAAUGUAAAUUGGGGAUGACUGGUUGGAAGAAGAAACUUGAUACUGCAGUCGAGCGAUUUAAGCUUGCUGGAGCUUCUGAGAUUGACAUCUCAACAGUUCUGAAAAAUCAUUGUUCCAAUGAAGAAGCUUCUCAGCAAAUGGUUGAGAGCCCGAAGACUGAAGGGGCUGAUAAUUCGAAUAACAAGAAUGAUGCUAGUCAAGCUUAGGCGGAGACCUGACAAUAAAUUUGCAAUAUUUAUUUCUUUAUAAAAAAUUUAUAUACGUGAAACCAGAAAAUUUUGGCUUUCAAACAUCAAUUAGACAUGUAGGAUCUGCAUUUAUGAUGAAACCAGAAUCUUGUGAUGGAAACGAUUAUCAAUUUGUCAUUUUUCUGAGUUCUGACAUAUACAAUUUUUCUUUGGCGAGUG